GUUUCGCGGGCAAAUGGCGGAUCAAUAUUUCACCCCCACGCGGAUCCGAGCGGCAUCCCCGAUUGCCGAAGAUUUAUGCUAAGUAAUUUGAGUUCCGUGAGUGAGGAAUACGUUUCAGUUUGACAUUUUCUUUCCUAUUUAGUAAUUAAAUCUCGGUGUAUUCUUUUACGCCCCCGUGACACCGCAGUGCGUACCUUCCGUUCGAUUUUUAAUAACAAGCUUUUAAAACAAGAGUCGCAUGGUGAGACUGUACCAAAGAAUGACGCAAACAGUGGUAAUUGGAAAUUGAAACUUUUUAAAAUUUUUCUACGUAAACAUGAUACAAUACGCUUGAAAGCUUUGCUCGUCGUCUCAAUCGUCACUCUCUUAAUUUAUUCCGUAUAAUUCGUCUAGCUGUAACUAUUACUUAAAUCUUUGAAAACUUUGUGUCGUGUUUUAUGUAUGUACAUGUAUCUCCUUUGCUGUAACUGGUUUAAUCGUUUUAUUUCACGUUCUACGCGCGAAAAGGGCGAAGGAUAACGUUCCUUAAAGUCAAUUUUUUCAAAGAACCGUGCAGUUCAAUUCGAGCGUCGAGUGGUGUUGCUACGUGAAGAGUGGCAGAGGGUAAUAACCACCCCUGCGAAAUCGAACGUGAGAAAAUUGUCAAAAGGUUUUCUACCAGUUCAGUAAUCGAAUUUGUUUCGGAGAUAUCGAAAUACUCCUCGAAUUUUGAAAGAGAAUUACGAUGCACGCACGAAGAUGCCAGAAGAACAGCGAUCAUUCUAUGUCCAAAGAAAAACAACACUAAUAAUGAAUAUGUAUAAAGUCGAACGUAACAUUUUAUAUUUAAAACAAAGUAUAAAAUUUAGGACAGUAUUUACACAAUAACUGCUACUUCGGUGCUGUUCAGCAUUCCAAUUACACCUUGUUUUAUUGAGAAAAACGAUGCUACCAGGUGCUGCGCCAAGAUACUACCUCUAUCUGCUACGUGUACAAAGUUACAAAACUCAUUGUUUUAGAAGUGAAAUGAAGAAGUAUUAAAUAUAUAUAUAAAUAUAUAUAUAUAUAUACACAUCACAUAUACAUGUACACAUAUAUUAGGAAUUUAAAUAUAAAUGGAGAAAUAUAUUCUGAUCUAUAUAAAUAUUUAUAUGUAAAUGCAUGACGGAUAAGGGUGGAAGUUCUUCCUUGAUACAUGCUCUCUUACUCGAGAAUGUAUCGCUUGGGAAUUACAAGAAAAUGUUCUAAUAAAAUGAUCUACUGACAAAAGAUCCGCAUACGAAUAGCUCAAAAACCAGUUGAUAUCAAAGGAACAAAGAUGAUCAUACCAUACGAUGAGAGCUUGGUAUGGAUAGUAGUGGUUGGAUUCAUAGUGGCCUUUAUUCUGGCAUUUGGAAUCGGGGCAAACGAUGUUGCUAACAGUUUCGGGACGAGUGUUGGUGCUGGAGUACUCACGAUUUUUCAGGCCUGCAUCCUGGCAACCAUAUUCGAAAUUGCCGGAGCUGUACUCAUUGGCUAUAAGGUUUCUGAUACUAUGAGGAAGGGUAUACUAGACGUUACAUUAUACGAAGGCCAUGAGAAGGAAUUAAUGAUAGGUGCAUUGUCUAGUUUAGCUGGAUCCGGUAUUUGGAUGAUGUUAGCAACAGCAUUGCGAUUACCUAUUUCUGGAACGCAUUCCAUUGUUGGUGCUACCGUUGGUUUUUCACUGGUAUGCAGAGGUACUGCAGGGGUAAAAUGGAUAGCUCUUGCAAAUAUAGCUGCAUCUUGGUUCGCGAGUCCUAUUCUUAGUGGAAUUGUAUCAGGUGCUAUAUUCUGGGUUCUAAGCAAAUCAGUACUUGAAUCUAAUAGACCCUUGGAGCGAGGUCUCCACAUCCUCCCGUUAGUAUACGGUCUUACUGUUGCUAUUAACAUUAUAUCAGUUGCACAUGAUGGUCCUAAACUUUUGAUGUUAGAUCGAAUGCCAUGGUGGGGUAGCGUGCUCGCCGCGAUAGGUUUAGGUUCAGCAUCGGCACUCAUCGUUUAUAUAUUUGUCGUCCCAUGGCAGAGAAAACAAAUUUUACUUUCGCUAAGUGGCAACGAAAAAACAACGGCCACGACAACGUUCGGUACCUGUGAUAAAAAGGAAACGACAGCGUUAUCUGUUAUUUCUGAAACCCCAUGUAGUAGUAAUAGUAACGGUAACGCGAAGGAAGCAGCACCGAAAUUGCGUGGCAAUAGCAGUGCGAGUCCUCUCUUAAUGGUCGCGGGAUCUGACGCCGAGAGUGCUCAAAACGAUGUUAAUAGGAAGGAGGAGGAAUUGCCGGAGAUAUCCAGGCUCUUUGCCUUUUUGCAAGUGCUGACUGCAGCGUUCGGUAGUUUCGCUCACGGUGGAAACGACGUCAGCAACGCGAUCGGCCCACUUAUCGCGCUCUGGGCCGUGUACGCCGAGGGAUCGGCCAGACAGGAAGCGGAAACACCUAUGCUUAUAUUACUUUACGGCGGUUUGGGAAUAUCGACUGGUCUUUGGGUCUGGGGACGUAGAGUGAUACAAACAUUAGGACAAGACUUGGCGCGUAUCACACCAACUACUGGAUUUACAAUUGAGGUGGGUGCUGCGUUGACCGUUUUGUUGGCAAGUAAGGCUGGUUUACCUGUGUCAACAACCCAUUGCAAAGUGGGAUCCAUCGUUUGCGUGGGGUGGGCCUCUCGCGGCGGUGAGGGUGUCUCCUGGAAAUUGUUUCGCAAUAUAGCGUUCGCCUGGUUAAUUACCGUGCCGAUGGCAGGCUGCUUGUCUGCAGCGUGUAUGGCUGUUUUUAAGGAAAUAAUUAGUUUAUGACUUCACAGUCGGGACAACUGACAAGUUCUAGUAAAAACCAUCCAAUGCUACUGUUGUCAAUAAUUUAUGCAGAAUAAACGAUCGAAUGUAAUUUGA